AUGGAUUCAUCAAAAAUGGAUGUGGAUCCGCCAUUGGAGGAGCUGGAGGCCAUCGACACGAAAACCCAACACCGCUACCGAGUAUUCAAAAAAAACUCUCCAUUUCUCUACGACUAUCUUUUCACAAGCUCGCUUUUAUGGCCAUCACUCACGGUUCUGUUCUUCCCAGAUCUCGAACUCCCGUCAAACGACGCCAACACAACCAAUAACGCGAAAAAUGCUCUCAAUUUUGUAACUCAGAGACUCUUGAUAGGAACUUUUACCACCGGCCAGGCAAUUGACGCGAUUGCAAUCGACCUGUUUGCAUACCACAAUUCUCUCAAUCAGAAUAUAAACAUUGAUCAGUGGAAUUACAACCAGGAGAAGCAAGAGUUUGAGCUCACUACUAUACCGAAGACAAAACUCAAUCGUUUGCAGACAAUCUACCAUGAUGGAGACGUCAACAAGCUCGCGUAUAUGCCUCAGAACCCAGAUGUCAUAGCCAGUGUGAACAAUGUGGGCGAUCUUCUGAUCUACAAUCGCACCAAACACUCAACCAUAAAGAAAGCCACAGAUGAACUCAAAGCCAAUGUUCCGGAACUACGACUCGUAGAGCAGAAGGGCGGUUCCUGUGCGGAGAUAUUUGCGGUUGACUGGAAUAAGCAGAAGGAGGGCCUCAUAGUGUCUGGAACGAUGGAUGGACAACUAAACGUGCAUGAUAUACGUGCGGAUUAUGAUAAGAGAGAGAGUGGAUGUAUAAAACCCUUCUGGAACAGAAAUGAUCCGGAGGGUAUCAACGACGUGGAGUGGGUCCCCGACCACGACUCACUUUUUGUAAGCGGAGAUGAGUCAGGGAGGAUAGCAUUCACGGACAUAAGGUUGGAAAACCAUUCUCCAAUUUCUGUGAAAAAGACUGGGAACGCCAUUAACAGUAUCAGCAUAAAUCCACACGAAAGCUUCUGUUUGGCGACAGGCGAUUCGAAUGGCGUCAUAGACUUGUGGGAUCUUCGUAAUCUAAACACCAACAUACGCCAGAUCUCGCGCCAUACAGACUCAAUUACACAGCUCAAAUGGCAUCCCACCUUCAAAAGUGUUCUUGGGUCCUCGUCGGCAGAUCGCCUGGUCAAGUUGUAUAACGUCGCCAACACAACCGAAAGUCUCCUCUUCACACACGAAGGCCAUAUGCUUGGUGUCAACGACUUUGACUGGUCAAAGCACGUAGAUUGGAUGGUCGCCAGCGUUGCUGACGACAACUCAGUUCAUAUCUGGCAGCCUGCAUCACAUUUACUUCCGACAUUCGGCUAA